ACAAAACGCGUUUCGCUUUGAACGCCGGAGACGCAUAUUUCCUUUCCAUUUGCGCUUGAGCGUCCUGCGCCUACACCCACAUGAUGUGAACACACUCAUCAGAACCGUAUCAAGUGUCCUGUUCCGUAGCGUGGCAGCUGUGAACCGAUAUUACUACUGUCGGAUUCCUGCUCAUGUUUUUGUUGACUAUGAUGUUGUGUCGCCUACCACAGGUACUACUUCGGUUGGGCAGCUACUGGAUAAGGGACGUUUUAAAAGCCAAAAUCGACAUGGGCGUGGCUUUCGUGCGUUGUCUCACUGCGUCUGAGGAUAGCCGGGUGCCGCUUGUGUAAGAAGAGUUGCUUCUUUUGUGGCCCGUGCCUACAUUAUUUCAGCUGUCAUCAGAGGCAAGGACCACCUAGUAUUGCCUUGUGCAGCAGCUCGCUGCCUCUGUGACUCGUCUACACAGCGACACGGGCACCUUCACUGAGAAAGAGUUGAUACAAGUAGAUCGUGUAGCACCCAUGCACCUAAGACAUAACCGCCAUCGCUGGCAGUUGGGCAUUUGAAAGCAGCUGCCUGCUGAUGAGGUACACAAGACGUCCAAAAGGCAGCGAACAGGACAGCGGCAACGUGUCAUCUGUUCUCCAAAGUUCCACGUCGACUGAUAUGAAAUCCUUGUUGGCCCGUGAAAUGCAACACUAUACAACGAAUAGAAGGCUUGGGAACCCAGAAUUUGCAUCAUCGAACAGUGGCGCCAUGUCUUUCUGAAGUUCUGUGCACCUAGCCAGGGGAGGGAGGUGUUGCGAAGCACAGAAAAUGUGGCCAAUUAAUUUGAUGUCGUUGACAGGAAAGAAUCAUACAACUUAGAAUCACCGAUGUUUCACUGACCCCCGAAAACUUAUGUGUCACUUUUAAAAUAUUUACGAACCCAUGCCUGUCUGACCCCCCUCGUGAUUGAGUCGAAUUUCAUGACGCCGGUAAACUCCCGCUAUUUUUGUGCCACACUUCAUGUCUGUAUUGUACUGGUCGAAACUCACAAGCUACAGUUUUUUUUGGCAUUUAUGGUAGCUGCUGACAAAAUAGUGAGUGCCGACUUUGUCUUACGAGAAGGCACCGUGCCACUCACUCGCAAAAGUGGCCGUCGCUAGCUGGACACCAGCCUUUGAUCUGGGAACAGAGACCAGCAUCUUCGUCACACCACCAGGUUUUAGAAGACCCAUACUUACUCUCGAAAUAAAUGUCGUUUUUCUGACAGACAAUUUAGCUGUGUAAGUAUUGUCUCUCCUCAGGGUGUGCUUUAUCUCUCGCGGCGCUAAAAGCCAGCGGCCAUUCAAGCGGGAGCAAGCUCGCAGGGCUGUCGUUUUGCCACUGAAAAGAAGGGAGAGCAGUGUGUAGGGCUCUGUAAAAGCAGCCACAUUUGUUCGUGUCUCCUUAGUGCUGUAACACGUGUAGUGCAUGCAACGACACGAAUUCGAUAUUCUUCACCCAACGUUUCGCUUGUCCGCAUUUGAUGCGAUGGCGGGCCACCUCAACCCAGGCGCUUCAACUCGGUACGCUGGCCGCGACUACUGACGGGGUCGACUUUGGGAUCCCUUCCGCGCCAAAACAACGACUAUCAGUACGAAAAGCCUGCGUCCAAGAUGGGACGGGCAAUAUCUUUCGUCCUCCUCCUGUCGGCAUUGUUGCCGGAAGGCCGAGGUAGUGUAGGGGCAGCUGCGCUGGGCUCCUUGUCGCUGGCGCCUACGGCGACACCACAAACCUUGCUCGAACUCUCUGCAUCCUCAGUCACGCCUGAAGAGACAGGCGCUGCUCCUUUAGCCACACCAGGGGACGAUAGCAGAAAGCGGAAGGAAGAUCAGGCUGCAGGCGAACUACUCCUCUCUUGGCUGCAAGUUGCCGGCACAUCUCCCUACUUCCCUGCGGCUGGACCCCAGACACGCAGACCGGUAGCAUCCUCUUACCAAAGUAGACCAAGAAACCCUUCUCAUCAGCCUCCUCCACGAGGCCGAAGGGGUCCAGUGCGACGCUCCCCGCAACCGGAUUCUGUGCCGUAUAAUCUUCGCCGGAGACCUCAGGCCGUUGGGGUACAACCGGGGUCUGCGGCCACCAGAGGUCGACUUCAGGAGAGGGGUGGCUUGCGGCAGUUGGGGUCAAAUCUUCGGCACCGACCGUUAGCGCGGCACAUGCCACCCGAAUAUUCUGUUUUACCAGAUCAAUUCUCUGCUCCUUUGUUUACUUCGGGGGGAAAUGCCCGGUGGUUGGGCGUUGACCCCCAAGAAGGCUCUGACAGUGUUCCAGCAUCGCUAACUGAUCCCGUGUCUGGACCACUAAGUGAGGAGCCGUCUAUCGCUGGUAGAGACCAACGGCCAUGCCAACCUGUCGCCUCACCUCCCCGUUCGUAUGCACCGCAGCCUCUCGGGACCAGUUCGCCCACUUUCCCAGGGUCAUCGCCGUUGGUGUCGAAACAAGUAGGUUCAGACACCCCACCUGCGACGACGCACACAAGCCAGACUCCAUCAAAAGGCAAAAAACCGCCAGCACCGCGGCCUUGGGUAGAGCCUUCCGUACUUUCCAGUGUUAAAAGAUCCGAACUGACACUUGGCCAACGUGAUCUUGCUGACCUUGUCGGGGGCAGCCCACCGCAGACGACCCCUACUAUACAGAAGGCGUCGCCACCAAUAACAGAUGUCUCCACAGACCCUCCCGAGCUUGGCGUUUCUCCACAACGGGUGCUGCGACCAAGGAGGAUGCCUGAGACACUUCCGGCUCGCAUUUUACCACCUCAGCACAUAUCUCAGCAAGUGAAGCAAUGGAGAGCGUUCGUACAGAUUAGUCCGGCGAUAUCCGCCGCUUCUGCGUCGAGCGCACAGUCGCCUGAAAGUCAGGCGAUGUCAGAGAGUAUCGAUCGUAUGGUUCCACCUCAGGCAAGUUACUCGGUCGCCGCGCCAGACGGGACGGUGCGACAAUUUAUGCGCGGUGCAUUCCUCGGGGCCGGAGCCACAGGUAUCGUAACUGAGCUCAUUGAAAAGACAAGUGGCAGAUAUUUUGCGGCAAAAUUCUUUUUCAAAGAAGUUGCCUCAAUGGAGGGGGCGUCCCCGGCUGCUUUUCAGGCCGCCCAGCAGCGACUGCAGAAAGAAAGCAACGGCAACGAAUUGCUCCGUACGACGGCCGCACAAGUCCGCGAUUUGUGGCAAAAAGGCUUCGUUGCCAGCCUUGGCACAUACAAAUUGAGUGCGAGAAGCGGAGACGGAAACCAGUUGCUAGGCACAAAUUUGGUUGAUCCCGAGUACACCGGACUCGACGGCCACCAGCUUAUGGUCCUCAGCGAUUUUCUGCUCCUUCCAUUGAUGGGUCCCAGGCUAGAUUCGCUUCCUCACACUGCUUUAUCUGACAAUGCACAGAAAUACCUUUUUCAUACGCUUGUGACUGUCGUCGGGUCCCUCCACAAGAGUGGUCUUGUUCACGGUAACAUUCGCACCACCAACGUUCUCAUCAAUAAACUAACCGGAGAAGCUGGACUUGCAGAUUUCUCUCUUCUCAUGCAAACGGGAAGCGAUGUGACUGACACUAUGAGCUUCCAUCCUACUCAGAGCGAACCGGAACGCGUCCACUCCCUCUUCGGCCUCGGCACCCAGUUACCCGCGAGCGAGGAUUUUGAUUCCUGGAAUUUGGGUCAGCUGCUCUUUAGUCUUCUGUGCGGAUUUGACAAGCUUCCCUGGGCUCUCGGUCAAGUAUUUGCGAGAUUUUCCGCAGAAUCGCCAUGGGAAAUGGCAGCAGAGAAGUUCUACCGACAAUUUAUCAAGGAAGUGAAACGAGAAAAAUUCGAUGCCUUCUGCCCAGGCAUGACAGGCACGAAAUUGCAGCUCAUAAGCAUUGUAAAGCUGUUACUGGACCCCACUCAUGAAACAAGAUGGACAGCACGAAAACUUGUCGAUGAACACCCCUUCUUUCAGGUGGUGGAGGACGCAUGACCGAUAGAAUGAGGACAGUUUCGUGGCGUUCUUUUCAAUCGAGUUGUUUUUCGUGUGAUCGAUAGCCAGCGUAGCAACAUGCAACCUCUUUUAUGUGACCUCGCGUCCGUUGUGUAGUGCGAUUGAAGCACAAAGUGGACAAGUGCUGGGUUAUACGGUGGUCAGAAGGUACCACGCAGACUUAACCAUGAGCAGUGCUGGCGGCUAGUCUCUAGAUUGGUGGUAGUUCGAUAUAUACAGUUUUCCCUGUCAACCAGUAAACUGCAAGGGCGAUGUUUUUUUCUGGUUCUGGGCGAACAUUGUGUUGCAUGUGGGAGCUGCAAAUCGCUUCGAACUGUGAAGGAAGUGGCAACACAAUCGGUUUUUCAGUCCCCUGCCUUUCCUACCUCACUUCCUGAGAACGACUACACACAGUUCUGAAACACAGGGUUUAUAUUUUAUUUCAGGGCAAGAGGGAUGUCCACAGUUUGUGAGUCUGUCCGCUGUGCCAACCUGAAGAAACGAAUCAGACUCAGUUUCCCUCAAUUGUCAAGAGACCGACCAGCUCCCAAGGCUGUACUAAUGUUUUCGUAAGCGAGCGUGGAACCCGUCAACCCUUCCCGAAAGGCUGACAAUCAAAAGCUCUUGCGUGUUGCCUUUCUGAAUUUUUUUUGCGUGGGCUGUCUUGCCUUACAUCAGCUCGGUAGUGCCACUUUGUCCGUG